GGGCUUUGGCGGUGCAUCCCUGAGGCCCGCUUCCUCCGCGCUGCGUCGGGAUCGUUUCCUGGGAGCUUGGCGGAUGCUCAUUGGGCCGUCGGGGAGGAGUCCUUAUAGAUUCUAAAAAUAUUUUUCCAGUCUACGGACUUUUGUUUGGGAGGGGUUCUGGGAAUCGUACUCAGGACCUUGUGCUUGCCAGGCAGGCGCUUGUGCCGCUUAGCUAUAUCCCCGGCCCCUCUCUGUGGACUUACCUAAAAGUUAGUUUUGUUCCUGUUCGGAUUUAUUUGAUAAAAAUCACCACAUACCCAUAUCAGAUACAAAACAAAGCAAAAAACAACUAGGGUAGUUAAAGCAUGAGUUGUGGAAAUGAGUUUGUAGAAACAUUAAAAAAAAUUGGUUAUCCCAAAGCUGAUAUUCUUAAUGGAGAAGAUUUUGACUGGCUGUUUGAGACUGCUGAAGAUGAAGCAUUUUUGAAAUGGUUUUGUGGGAAUGUGAGUGAACAGAAUGUAUUAUCAGAAAAAGAACUGGAAGCUUUUAGCAUUCUUCAGAAAUCAGGCAAACCUAUCCUAGAAGGGUCAGCAUUGGAUGAAGUUCUUAAAACCUGUAAAACUUCUCAUUUGAAGACACCUAGACUGGAUGAUAAAGAGCUGGAGAAAUUAGAGGAUGAGGUUCAAAUGCUGCAGAAAUUAAAGAACCUAAAAAUUCAGCGACGUAAUAAAUGCCAACUGAUGACUUCAGUAUCUAGCCACAAAUCUCUGAGGUUAAAUGCUGAACAUGAAGAAGCCACAAAAAAACAGAAGCAGAGUCAAGGAAUUCUGAAUGCUAUGAAUGCCAAACUCAGUAAUGAACUUCAGGCUCUUACUGACAGAGUUACUAAAUUGAUGAUGUUCUUCAGACAUUCUGAUUUAAGUCAAGAGGCAAAUCCCGUGGUGUUUUUAUCUCAGUUUUCCUUGGAAAGAUUCCUAAGCCAAGAAGAACAAAGCACAGCAGCUUUAACCUUGUAUACCAAAAAGCAGUUCUUUCAGGGUGUACAUGAAGUAGUUGAAAGUUCAAAUGAAGAAAAUUUUCAACUUUUAGAUAUUCAAACAUCAUCUAUAUGUCAUAAUCAAGAAAUCCUUGAAGAGAGACAACUAGAGAUGGCUAGACUGCAACUAGCAUACAUCUGUGCUCAACAUCAGUUAAUUCAUUUGAAAGCAAGUAAUCUGAGCAUGAAAUCGAGUGUAAAAUGGGCAGAGGAAAAUCUUCAUAGCCUAACCAGCAAGGCUGUUGGUAAAGAAAAUUUGGAAGCCAAAAUUUCUAGCUUGAACAGUGAGAUUCUGAAACUUGAAGAACAAAUCACUCACAUAAAAGACAAAAGUUUGCCUGCUGUGGUAAAAGAGAAUGCGCAGUUAUUGAAUAUGCCAGUUGUAAAGGGAGAUUUUGACCUGCAGAUUGCUAAACAAGAUUAUUAUACAGCAAGACAAGAGUUAGUUUUAAAUCAGUUAAUAAAGCAAAAGGCAUCAUUUGAACUUGUACAAUUGUCAUAUGAAAUUGAAUUGAGGACUCAUUGGGACACAUAUCAUCAAUUUGAAAAUUUGGUUCAAGAACUUAGUCAAAAUAACAUGAUGCUUUCCCAGCGAUUGGAAAUGUUAAAAGACCCAUCAGUGUCGCAGCAGAUAAAUCCAAGGAAUACCAUUGAUACUAAGGAUUAUUCUACUCAAAGGCUUUAUCAACUUUUAGAGGGAGAGAAUAAGAGAAAAGAAUUGUUUAUCACUUAUGGAAACCUAGAGGAAGUGGCUGAGAAAUUGAAACAGGAUGUUUCUUUAGUACAAGAUCAAUUGACAGUAUCUGCUCAAGAACAUUUUUUAUUUCUGUCCAAACUAAAUAGUGAUGUGGAUAUGCUUUGUGAUGCUUUGUAUCAAGGAGGAAAUCAGCUUUUGCUUAGAGAUCAGGACAUAACAGAACAGUUUCAUCGAGUUGAAUCGCAGCUGAAUAAAUUAAAUCUUCUCCUUACUGAUAUUCUUGCUGAUGUGAAGACAAAAAGAAAAACUCUGGCAACUAAUAAAUUGCAUCAGAUAGAAAGAGAAUUAUAUGUACAUUUUUUUAAAAAUGGAGACUAUCUGAAAGAUAUUGUGGAAAACCUAGAAAACCAAUCAAAAAUUAAGGCUGAUGGUCUUAAAGAUUGAAAAUAACUAAAAACUGAAUCUGUAUUACACAUUUUAUAUUUUAAUGUUUUAUGUAUUAGGAGAAUGUUUCUAAUAAACUACUAUGUUUUAAAAUUUGA